UGUUUGGGUCCUUCGGGCUUCGUAUGGCGCUACACAAGCUAGCAUCAGCUUAACAUUUUGCUCUCAAAAUCAAAGUGGUUCUUUUUUUUAAAUGAAUGUGAAGCACAGCGGAGGAGUAACAAGCAAGCUGCCAUGACUGUCGUGAUCGGGUUCGAGGGCAGUGCCAACAAGAUCGGCAUCGGGAUCAUCAGAGAUGGUGAAGUGCUCUCCAAUCCGAGACGGACCUACAUCACACCCCCCGGUCAAGGGUUCAUGCCCAGCGACACCGCCAAACACCACCGAGCGGUCAUCCUGACGGUCCUGCAGGAGGCGCUGGACGAGGCAGGGCUCAAGCCCGCAGAUAUCGACUGUGUGGCGUACACCAAAGGUCCAGGGAUGGGCGCCCCCCUGGUCACGGUGGCUCUGGUGGCCCGGACCGUGGCGCAGCUCUGGGGGAAGCCGCUCCUCGGGGUCAACCACUGCAUCGGACACAUCGAGAUGGGCCGGCUCAUCACCAAGGCCAACAACCCCACCGUGCUGUAUGUCAGCGGGGGAAACACACAGGUUAUAGCAUACUCAGAACGGCGGUACAGAAUAUUUGGAGAGACCAUUGACAUCGCCGUUGGAAACUGUUUGGAUCGAUUUGCCAGAGUCAUCAAGAUCUCCAACGACCCCAGUCCAGGAUACAACAUCGAGCAGAUGGCGAAGAAGGGGAGUCAGUACGUGGAGUUACCGUACACCGUGAAAGGAAUGGACGUCUCCUUUUCUGGAAUUUUAUCCUAUAUUGAGGACGCUGCUCACAAGAUGCUGAGCUCUGGGCAGUGCACGGCAGAGGAUCUGUGCUUCUCACUGCAGGAGACGGUGUUCUCCAUGCUGGUGGAGAUCACAGAGCGAGCCAUGGCUCACUGCGGCUCACAGGAAGUCCUCAUCGUCGGGGGCGUUGGAUGUAACCUGCGCCUGCAGGAGAUGAUGGGGGUGAUGUGUGAGGAGCGAGGAGCCAAGCUGUUCGCCACAGAUGAACGAUUCUGCAUCGACAACGGAGCGAUGAUCGCUCAGGCCGGCUGGGAGAUGUUUCGCUCCGGUCACGUGACCGAGCUGGAGGAUUCAUGGAUCACGCAAAGGUACAGAACAGAUGAAGUGGAAGUGACGUGGAGGGACUGACUGCACCGACCGCAGAGGGAAAUCUGGAGUUUCUACGCUGACAAAGUGACACAUUUUGCUUUCUUAGCAGGAUUUUUCAUGUUUUUUUUUGUAUCAUCAGAGACUAAAGGGUUAUUUUUUUAACUAGACAUGUUGUGAAGAAGACCAUAAACAUAAACCCAUGAAGAAACUGAACAGAACAUGCUACAACUUUGAUUUCUGACUGUUCAAACGAGAAUUAUCUUUCCCAGCAUGGACAUCGAUUGGUUCUGGUCUUCUCGCGGGAUUUGUAACGUGUUCCAGCUGAACUGUGCGAGAAUAAAGACAGCCUUCAUCAUCUCAAGUUUAUUUUUAUUAACCAAUACU